ACUACUAAAAUGUCAUGUACAGUAGAUGAUGUACUGAGUAGUUGAUCGAGGGAUACGCCAAAUCCCUCUAAGGCUAAACUACCAGUAAGAUAGUCGCUAGUGUCAUAGUGGAAUCUUUCAAAACGGGCUUGGUCUUUAUUAUUACCUGUGCAGAGUCUGCACCAUACCAGGGAGUCGUACCUCCGCCUCUGGUGCAGACUGACGCGGUGUCGGAGAGCGAGGGCUGACCUAUGAUGAAUUGAAGAUGGCCAGUUUGCAGACGUGCCCAUGUGCAUGGCAAGAUCAAGGCGAGGCGGCUCUGCACAAUCAUGUAUCUGAGUGGUAACAGGUGGCUGCGUGUACUUGACUUGGUUGCAGUCAGAGCCCCCACUGGUAAGAAAACGUCAACGUCUGUCCGGGUUUGAAAACCCCUUCCUCAUUCUGUGUUUCCCAAUUUAGACUUCCUUGUGAAUACUACAUGUGCAUCCGUGAGCACUUGAGGCCGCUAUUGACAAUUAGCCUGGUAGAGUAAGCAAAUAAUCUCAGCUUGGUGUCACACGGCUGCACGUCAGCUCACACGGCACAAGACUGUACAUUGCAGGAUUUGCAGGCCAGCACAAUAAUGGAUAAGCCACCAGGAAGACCCACUGGCACGCUACCUGCACCUGGACAGGGGACAAACAAUCGUGAACAGCGCAAUGCAGCAGCGGCCGCAGUACCACCAAGUGACCUGCCGUUGUUACGCCGACCCAGAGGCACGCGCAAGAAAGAGCCCGCGCUAGCGAGUACAGGCGAUGCCGGUAGCAAUGCCAAUAGCACCGCAGGCAGCCACUCGGGGAGCGGCACGUCGUCCAUAUUUGGACUGCCACAUGCAGAUCAGCAACAGCAAGCUGUGCAGGACGGUGGACGACUGCUGGCUAAUAUGAAAGCAGGUCAUACUGCACCACAGCUGCAUUCUGUCGAUGACCUCACUGCGUACAGUGGUGAUGUCAUGGUUCAACCACGAUACUAUCCACAGCGACCCAAACAUGCCGGGCCGAAGGCGUUUCCCCGACGACCACCAAAGCAAGCGAGAGACACGCUGGUGUCGAUGACUGGGCCGCUAUACCAGCAACAACAACAACAACUACCCCAACCCUCGCUGGCUGCACCAAGAAUUGAAGAGUCGACGCAUGCUCCGUUCCCAGCUUUGGCGCACGAUAGUGCUGUGGACGUCGACACUGCUGUAGCCGCUAGCGAUCACUAUAGCGACCAUUACGGGAAUGAGACCGUGGGAGAUGCGGCCCUACAGGCUCACAACACCGCAGUGACUCUGCAAGAUGAUGACAGGACGUAUCAAGCGGACACAAUCACCGACAACAGGACGACACACGGGGAUGCGACUGUGGCUGGUGGCGGUGGCGGUGGAGGCAUCAGAGGAGCAGUGGCAGCACAUGCCAAACCACUCGUCAAGACCUACCUGGACAAACCAAUGCUAUCAACGCACAACUAUCGGCAUAUGCCCGGCUGGAAGGGACCGGCUGGGCAAACGGAACGCAACACCACCCUUCACUCACUGGUUGUACAAGCAUUUGAUGCAGAGGUUGUUCCCAGAGUCCCGGCACACAUCUUGAAGCUUGAAACUGAAAUGGACAUUUUGGAAGCAGCACGUCAAGCUGAAGAAAAACUGAAAUUGUCAGAACAAGCAGACGCUGGAGUGGAACUAACGUUAGGAGAGGAGAACUGGGAACGACUUGCACUGCAUGAAAUGGAGGACACGAGUGACGCUGCAAGAUCUGCUGUUAUGACAAGCAAGAAAGCAGUGUUUGCUGAUGGAGAAACCCAGUAUUUCUGCGGACAGUCACGAAGCCGAUCACCAUUCAUGGAUCCGCACAACAAGAACACCUUGUCUCCAGCUCAAGCAGCCGUUGUCCACAGUAGACUGCGCGGUGGCAAGCGACUCAACCUCAAGGCCUUUUUCAUCGACAACGACGGAUUACCCAACCUGAACAUGGUGAUGAAUGUUACCUAUGUGAACCUGUCGUUCAACUGCCUACAGGCUUUCCCCACGGCUCUCUACUCAGCCUCCAAGCUACAAGUUCUUACACUGAGAAACAACCCCAUCUGCUUUCUGCCAGAGGAUUUCCACCGAAUGGAGUCCCUGGUCUCUUUCUCCAUUUCGUUCUGUAUGUUGGAACGACUGCCCGAAACGAUUGGGGAGUUGAAGCGCCUGCGAGACCUGGACGUGUCGCACAACAUGAUCAAGUUCCUCCCGGAGAGCCUCGGCAAUGCUCGUGGCCUGCGAUCAUUGUACAUAGUGGGCAAUGAGCUGGUGUGCAUGCCUCUCAGUACACUGGCUCUGCCACUGAAAGACUUCCGCUGCAGUGAGAACUUCUUCCACCCUCUGUUCUGGCCGGAGAGCGAGCACAACCAGGCGCAGGAGCUCAGCGUUCUCUGUCGAAUCGUCGCCCGUCGUAACAGGAUUCCACUGAAGGAAAGUGCUUCUGACGCCGCAGACCAGCAAGAGCGGUGCAUCAAAUGUCAUAUCUGUGACCUAGAUCUACUGGACGGUGGGCUGCGGUUGAUUAGAGCACCGCGUCCUAGAACUCAUAACGUCAGUAAGCUGCCGUUCCUCUACCGUGUCUGCUCCACGCACUGCUACACUGAGCUGGAUGGGGACCUUCAGAGCCGGUCUACCUUCAGCAAAUAAAACAGGCAUGUACAUACGCGACAUGCAUACUGUGACGAUGAAUGCACAUUCCUACAACGGAUGAGAUUGCAGCCGGACAACCUCGAACCCGUAGCUGAAAUUAUCCAUCCAUCGCUUUCUAGAUUCUUCCUUGAGCCCAGCUGAGCAGAUCUUGUACCUUGAAACAUACUGUGCUGCCUGCUUGAGCUGUUAUUGACACGGCUAACUGAAGCAUCGCCAUCUUUGUCGCAACCGAAUCCAACUACUGUUGCUUGACGUCUGCUGUGUGCUAGUCUUAGCAUUGCUGAUUAUUUGUACACUGAGUCUGUGCUCGUGCAACUUGAAAGUGAUUUUAUGAUUUUGUUGAAUGCGGAGACAACCACCUUCAUCACCGGUAGUGUAUCAAGAUCAAUCUUGGUUUCAGCGUGAUUAUGAA